AUGUCAAGGGAAGAGGACGGCGAAACUAUCAGGUACUUACGAACGCAAGUUGAAGCUUUGGAACCACAAACGGCUGAACUCGACCAGUCCAGGCAAGAGACAGCUGACUUGCAAAGAAUGGUACGAGAAUUGUUAGCCAAACGGAGUCGUCCUGGGUCUAUUGAGAACGAUGCGGGAGAGGCCGAUCGCACCCGCGAGAUCAGUCAAGCUGAAGGCUCGAAUACCUUUAACCAAUAUGUGAACACCACUCCUACAUCACCAUCGCCACUACCGCGGGACUCACGACCUGUCCACCAUAACAAGGGGAAGCAAGAACCGAAAAUUGCAAACAACCAUGACAAUCAGCGCGAUAACAAUCUUGCGACUCACCGACACUCACCACUAGACAACCAUAUCAGCCGGUGA